AUGGUGCCGUUUGAGAAGAUACUCAACGGCAGCAUGAAGGUCGGGCGCAGAGUUGUGAUUGUUGGCAACGGCGCCAUCUCUAAUGACGUGGCAUCGUACCUGCUGCAUGACCCGCGGCUUUCUCGAGGCGUGGAGGCCUACUGCGAUGAGUGGGGCAUUAACCUUGACGAGGGUACACUUGACUCUAAUGCGGCGGAGCGAGCCCCCCGCAACAGCUGCGACGUUGUUCUCUUCAACAAGGCAGACAAGGACGCCGACCUCUCGCGUGGGAAGGGGUGGACGCAGAAGUUAUGGAUCCGUAACCACGGCGGCACUAUCAUUAAGCACGGGUUGUUGGAAAACAUCGAUAAGAGUGCUGUGCACGUUUCCUUGUUGGCUCCCGAUUCCCGAAAGUACUUCGUGGAGUGUGACACCAUUGUGUGGGCCUACGGCAUGCUCCCUAAUAUUUCCGUCGGCACAUGGAUCUACGAGUUAAUGAAGGACGGUGCAAAGGAACGCGGGGAAAUGAAGGACUUCAGAAUUUACAGAGCGGGGUCAUGCUGCGAUAAUUACACGGACGAGGACCACGGCGAGCAGGACAUGCUGCAGGCUGUGCACGAGGGAUACGAGAUUGGAUACAAGAUUUGA